AUGUUUAAAAGAUGUGUGACUAAACCAUGUUAUCAUUUACUUCGUCGAAAAGAUAUUUCAAAAAAUCCAAUUGUUAAAAAAAAUCUUCCAUUAAUUCUUAUUAUUGUGAUUCAUGAAUUUGAACAUGCACCAGAAGCGUCUAUUCAAUUUAUUCAAGCAGUUAAACAUGAUGAUAAUAAUUCAAGUUUACUUAAAACUGUUCUUAAUUCACUUUUAGUUGAUUAUCAAGAUACAUCAUUAGCUAUUCAGCUAUUAAAAGAAAUUUGUGAAACUAAUUUUGUUGGUACACAAGUUGAUAAUGCAUCUACUAAAACAAUGGCAACAUUUAAUUAUUGA